UCCAUUAUGCUGCACAAAAUCAAAGUACACUGUAAAAAAAGUCCGUAAAAAUACAGUACAGUAUACCGUAAUAAUUUAAAGGAAUUGUCCGUAUUUUCUUUUUACAGUCAUUUCUCCGUUAUUUUUUAAUUACGCUUUGCAUUGUGGGUACAAUAAGCUCAGUCUACAAUCGGCGCGAAACCAUAGACAGUAAGCGCGAAACCAGUGCUUUCGCAAGUGCCAUUAUUUACGGAGAUACUCUCUGUCAAAAUCUCAUUUUAAAAUCGGAUUUAGGAUUUUGAGAAUGGUUCCUACACUUCCUUUGUAAAUUAUUUUUUGUUAAAUAUAACAAACUGUAUCGUUAACUUUGUUGCUGCCUGGCUUGUUUGGCAAAUGAAUGUCGGAGCUGUUGCAUUCAACAUUUUCAGCAUACCGUCACAUCUUAACGUUAAAUUACUCGACGUGGAGGUACGUGUUGCAGUGGUUGCAGUGCACUCUUUUAGUUUUGUAAAUUAAGGGUUAUUACCUUUUUAUUGUUGUUGAUGCGGUGUAACGUGUUUAUUAAUGAGCGUGUCGUAAAGCAUCAGGAAUAUUAUUGUUUCUGAGGUGAUAUUGAGCAGCUGUGAUAACGUUAAAUCUGAAUUGCGGUACAACUGUGUUUAGAGCGCUUUAUGCCUUCAACAGGAGCAGGCAGAGUAAUUGUAAAGAAAAGAAGACACCAUUAACGUUACGACUUUUUAUUUAAAAGAGAUUAUAUGAGCAGAAGAUCUGACAUCACGGAGUUCUUCAAGGAUAACACACCUUUUCUGCCAAACGAGGUAGGUUUAGACAUUUCAUCGGCUUGUUUAUGUUAAACACACACAAACACACACACACACACACACACACACAAUAAGUUAAUUCUGUAACUUUACUGGCAUCCUGUCUGUGAACGCACACAUGUCAUGCACGCACAGAGAAUGGUGCUUCAUACAAGUUCUCUCACUCUUACACAGACAAAAGCACGCACAAAAUGAACAUUUUUUGGCGAGUGAGAGUCUCAAAUAAGUUAAUAAGUCUUGACUGAUGUAAAGAGUAGGGAUGUGUCAAAUGUCCGUCGAUGUGAGUCAUGUUUAAAAGGGACAGUAGUUCAUGACAUUGAUGGUGUUUAUGUUUCUUUUCGUUUUCUUUUCUAAUGGCAGGUCAUAAUUGCUGCUGUACUUUGCAUCCCAAGCCCCCCCUGCAUUCUUAUCACGGGGCAAUCAUUCAGCUCUGAACAUCCUGAACAAAAGCAGAUGACAUAAUUAAAUAGUGGGGUUAAAUAGAUGAGUAGAAAUGGAGGAAAAGUGGAGAAACUGAGAUAAAUGGUUCCGUAUGAAUUCGCACGCUUGUAAAGCUCAGGAAAUGUGGAUUUCGAAUGCCGUUGCCUAGCGUCCAUCUGGGAAAUCUCUGCUCUCUCCCCAACAAAAUGGACGAACUUCUUCUGCUCUCCUGGACAAAUAAGGAUUUCUCACACUCUGCUGCUCUGUGUUUCACGGAAAUCUGGCUGGAUAACGCCAUUCUGGACAGCGCACUCCAUCUGUCUGGCUUCCAGCUGUUUAAAGCAGAUCACGACAGGACAUGCUUUUACAUCAGUGAAAGGUGGUGUACAGAUGUAACUGUGUUAAAGAAGAUGUGCUCUCUGAUCACUGCCUGGUUCAUCUUAUACCAACCUACAAGCAAAAACUAAAUUCUGCUAAACCUGUUGAAAAGACUAAAGAUAUGGACCAAUGAAACAGAGUGGGCUUUAAAAGCUUGUUUUGACCACUGAUUUGAGUGUAUUUGAAGUUGCUUCCACCGAUCUUGACAAACUCACAGAGAUUGUAACAUCCUAUAGUUUCUGUUAGGAUAUAUACAUUCCUACCAGGACCUCUUUAACAUUCAACAAUGAUUAGCCAUGGUUUACAGCAAAACUCAGACAUCUUCGUCAGGCCAAAGAGGAUGCCUAUGGGGACAGAGUCUUGAAUAAAGAGGCCAGGAACACACUGAAUAAAGAGAUAAGAGCAGCUAAAAGAACCUACGCUAAAAGGUUGGAAGAUCAGUUCACUUCCAAUGAAUCAACUUCGGUAUGGAAAGGUCUGAAAUAUAUCACAAACUACAAGACACCAUCCCUCUGCACUGAGGCGAAUCAACAACUUGCUGACGACCUGAAUGAGUUUUAAUGUAGAUUUGAAACCCCCCACACCCGUUCUGACCAUCUCUCUACACAACAAUUAACGCCUCCUAAACUCCCCUUUCCUGCGCUUCAAAUCAGUGAGGAUGAUGUGUGCCAGGCCUUCAGGAAGAACAAAAGAAGAAAAGCACCAGACCCAGAUUGUGUUACACCAGCUGGCCCCCAUGUUUUCACCGAUCUUCAACAGAUCUCUGGAGAUGUGUGUGGUCUCUCCUUGCUUUCGGUUCCUAUAUUAACAUACAUUAUAUAUUGUAGUUGUAUAAUUUACAUCUGGUAUUAACAUAAAAUCAGAUCACAGUCCUAAAUAAGGUGGAAACAAUCCUAAAACUGUGAGUGGGGUAUAUGUUACGUUACGCUGCUGGAAGGAACACGGAGCCGAGGAUAAACGAAAUAAGGCUUUAUUAAAUCCAACACAGGGGACCACAUAGGAAGACACACGUAAGUGGUUUGUAGACCCGACAAAACUGAACUGAAAGGACAAGGCUUAAAUACAUGGGAUAAUUGGGGAAACACAGGUGGAUGGAAUGACUAAAUUAACAGGGACAUGGAACACCUGGGGAAUAAAAUAUACACACCUGGGAACUAAUCAAACCAGACACGGGAGACAGAAACUGGGUCACAAGGGCAAAAACACACUAAAUGAGUCCAGGGGUGUGACAGUAUGGUUGCACAAGCCAUUCAUAGGUUUUUACUUACAUUGGAGCAUAAAGUCCACACUAGAGGCUUAGUAACUACUCUGUAACCCACUCUGUACAAAGUUUGGUUGCACCAAUAGUUUUUAAGCCAGCGUGUAUCUAGUAAUUCAUAACCUCUCAGUAAGUAACACGUAGUCAGACAUUUAACUUAAUUUAAUCCAAUAGCAGCCUUCAGAAUCUGUAUGUGAGCAUACUGUUGAAACAUGACUGUGCUUAAUCACGAAUAACACAAUAUGUAUAAUAUAUAUGUAAAUAUUAUAUAUUAAAAAACAAAAAAGAAAGAAGGAAAUAUACAAAAACAUGGAGCGAUGCACACAGAUAUUUAGAUCUGAUUAGAGAUCAUGCUGUUUAGAUCAGUUUCAUGUUGAAUAUCUGCUUACAUGUAUUCACAUAAUGCUUUCUCUCUUAAAAUCUAAGUCAAUAGUCAACAUUAUAAUUUAUGUCUAAACAAUUCUAGUCUGUAAAACAUGAGCUUAUUGAUUUUUAUUCAGAAUUCAGGUGUUACAUCUGGUCAUAGGUUUCUGUAAAUAUUUAGUUUAUACAUAAAGUUAUGUUUCAACCAAGUUUAUUCAUGCAAUGGAAAAAUAUUGAGUAGUGCAUAAGUUUUAACUUGGUGCCCUGUUACGUCGCAGCUAGGCUAAGUUGUUACAGAAAGCAACCGGCCCUGGGACCACAUCACAUGUGUAUCCAGAUUGCAAAAUCAUCUAUUCUGAUGUGCAGUGUACAAAUAAUACCAUGGCUGGAUAGGACUGCCUACUAGAAAGCAGCAGCUUGGAGAAUCUGCAAUCUGCAGCAAAUUAAAAGAUGUAUGUAACAGGAUUAAGAACUUAAAAAAGAAGAAUCUGAUGGUCCUGGCUGAGAGUCGGUGGCAGUGAGAAUGAAAAACUUCACCCAUUGAGGAAGUGAAAAUAAAUUGCAAGAACUACUAGAUGGAAUUAUUUACUCUGGAGCUGAGACAACAAUAUGUUAAGUAAAGUGGACUUCGGUGAUGCUCAACAUGUCUCAGAGCUAAGGAUUGUGUUAAUGGGGUCUAGAGCUGCUGGUAAGAGUUCAGCAGGAAACAGCAUCCUGGGCAGAGAGGAGUUUGACAUGGAGACAUCUGCUCAGUGUGUGAGGAGACAUGGAGAAGUAGCAGACAGACACAUCACUGUCAUUGAAGCUCCAGGAUGGUGGAGGAAUCACACUGUAGAGAAGAGCCCUGAGUUACUGAAACAGGAGAUUGUGUUCAGUGUGUCUCUGUGUCCUCCAGGACCACACGCUGUACUACUGAUCAUACGUGUGGACACUGGAUUUAAAGAGACUGAGAGAAAAGCAGUGCAGGGGCAUCUGGAUCUUCUCAGUGAGAGAGUCUGGAGUCACACUAUAGUGUUGUUCACUCAUGGAGACUCUCUGUCAGACACAUCUAUAGAGCAGUACAUUGAGAGUGAAGGACAGGAUCUCCAGCUGCUGCUGGACAAAUGUGGGAACAGAUAUCAUGUUCUCAACAAUCAGAACAGGAACGAAGACACUCAGAUCAAGGAGCUGCUGGAGAAGAUUGAGGAGACAGUGGCACAAAACAACGGCUGCCGUUUUGAAAUAGACAGAAAGAUUUUACAGGAGAUGAAAGAAAGAAGAACAGUAGCAGAUGAGAGAGCAAAAGAACGAAUGCAGAGGACAAAAAAACAGAGAGACAACAUCAAAUCACAGAUGAGUGAUGCUCAACAUCGAGCUGAGGAUUGUGUUAAUGGGGUAUAGAGGUGCUGGUAAUAGUUCAACAGGAAACAGCAUCCUGGGCAGAGAGGAGUCUGACAUGGAGACAUCUGCUCAGUGUGUGAGGAGAAAUGGAGAAGUAGCAGACAGACACAUCACUGUCAUUGAAGCUCCAGGAUGGUGG